AUGUAUGAAGGAAUGUCCACGCCACAGAACGAUAAAGUAAUAUUGCGUACGUCUGACAUGGACGCCAUGACAUUGAGCAAUGAAAAUCAACCAAUUUCUGCUUCAAUUGGAGGACAUGGUGCUUUGCGAGAUAUUGAUCACGACUCUCAUCGCAAUCCCAUGAUUCCACUUAUGAACCAAGGAACAGUCAAUUCUACUGCUAUCUCGCGUCUUAGUGUAAGUUCACGCUUGUCACUUAACCAGAUGGGAACGUCCCACGUUGGACAAUUACGCCGACGUCUUCCUUCCCGCAUGUCUAGCAAGAAACGGUCGUUUUACCACGCCCAUCAUCGUAAUGCAUUAAGAGGCAAAAUGCCACACGUACCUCACCACUGGCUUAAUGCCAGAUUCCGUCACAAUUCGUUCUUUGCACAACGAUUAUUACGCACGGGUAUUCCACUUUCAAUGGUAUUAGUUACAGGUUUGGGCAUCUACUACUUCUAUAAGCCUCACUGGCUCGUUUUAAAUUCGAGUUUCCCUCAUGUCUAUGGAUUUGAAUUGCAAUCGCCACGUAUUGUGUAUACAUUCCAAGCCACAAGCUGCGAAAAUGUCGUGGGCUUUUCAGCAUUAAUUUAUCACACACUACCAGCAGUCAUUCUACUGUGUUUACCAGGCUCUGGGUGGCGACUUUUUGAGCCUUUUAAUCGAGAUGAUUCCUUUUCACCCGCUGCAAGUGGCGCUCAGGUGGCAAAAACGGACAUUGAAACUGGAAAUGGCGGAAUGGAUCUUGACGAUGAUGAAGAAGACGAUAACAAUCUUUCAAAAAUUAAACGACGAUUGGUCUUUCAAUUCUGUGAAGUCGUGGCAGUAGUUUUGCUUCUUUUUCAAGCAUUUGUCAUCUUGUUUUUUCUCUACAUGUUUUUCAAAGGUGGCGUUUUCAAGUGCAAUUUACUUGCUGUUCAACUCUUUGCACUUGUGAGCGUCAUGUGCUUCUGUGGGAUCUUUAUGGAAGUGCGGCAUUUUGCACGUUUUCGAGAACAUAUUAAAAUGUUACUUGGAGCUUUUCGAGAAAGCGACCAAACUGGCGAUAUCCGGAACCACGUUAUGGAUCCAGGGUUUGAUCAACUUAAGAAUCAAUCGGCUAAAGCGUUAGCAGUUGUACGAAAGCGUUUAUAUAAAGCUACGCGACAUGGUGAUUUACGUGCAAUGCGAGAUAUUCUAGACUAUGCGCAAGCGGCAGGUUUAACAAGUGAGGCACAAGGAUUUCCUCGUAAAAGCUAUGCACCAGCUACUUUAGUUUUGGGCUUUUUUGCUUGCUCUCGCAAAAAUCCCGUGCAUGUUGCGGCAUAUCAUGGCAAUAUUCGAGCUUUGGAGCUCUUAGAAGCUCGAGGUUUUGACGUCAUGGCUAUGGAUAAGUUUAGUCGAGUACGAAUCUCAACUGGUGAUCUCUUUUGGUAUUUCGCUCGUUAUUUUGUGACUCGUCCGGGUAUUGAUGGAGGUGCCAGCGAGGAUGAAUCAGCUGUUUCUAUUUUCCGCUCGACGCUCGUAACACCACUGCAUUGUGCUGUCUCAACGGGUCAAUUAGAAGCUGUACGCUGGCUGCUUGGACGUGGUGCAUCAGCUCGUACACUUGCACGCUCGUCGUACCGUUCGGAUCGGGUCCCGCCUCUUUUCCUGGCCGACCAUCCAGAUGUUGUACGCGAAUUGCUUGUACAUGGUGCGGAUCCUCUUGCUGUGCCCGAUCCAGGAUACAUGAAUACUCUCACAGCAUUGCAGCUUGCGUAUCUGCGUGGUAAUUACGCAGUUGCUCAAGAACUUGAAGAAUGGGGCGGUGAUGUAGCACUAACGCCAUUUCAUUCGGCUGCCGGUCAAAAUGAUGUCACGACAGUCCGUAAGUUCUUGCGUAAGAAAACGGAUGUGAACUGCUUAGGUGAAUUAGGUUACGUGGGUCUUAAUCGACGUACACCAUUACAUUGGGCAGCUGUGAGUGGCGCUUUAGAAGUCGUUGAUAUACUUCUGGAAGCAGGAGCAGACCCGAAUUUUCAGGAUGCUCGAGGACGCACGCCAUUGCAUUGGGCAGCUCGUUUGAACCGAACGAAUAUCUUGCGCUCGCUUCUUAAAGCUGGUGCCGAUGUGAAAAUUGUAGAUGUGGACUACAUGACACCAUUAAUCUGUGCGGCCUCAGGAUUAGAUGCAACACGUGAAGUCUUUAGUAUCCUGACGUCCGCAGGUGCCGAUAUCAAUGCACAAUUACCAACUAGUGGAGACACAGCACUACACAUUGCUGUUCGAGAAGAGAAUGAACAAUCGGCACUUGCAAUUCUUGCCAACGGUGGUAACUUGAUGAAAAUGAACAUUGAAGGAUUGCGACCAUUAGAUUGUACUACAUCGACGCGAUUGCUAUUUGAAGUUAAACGCGCUGCUGGCCAACGUGACGUGAUGAUUAGUUAUACACACUCACACGCAGAAUUUGCAAAGAAGAUUCGUAAAGCAUUGGAAGAAGCUAAUGUUACAACUUGGUUGGAUUUAAUGGAUCCGAGCGGUAUUGGCGGUGGAUCCGUUUGGCGAGAGGAAAUUGCACGUGGAAUUACAAACGCUGCAGUGGUACUCUGUCUACUUACUGAAGAUUAUGCACAAUCCGAGUGGUGCUUAAAAGAACUAGCACUGGCGAAACAGGUCGGAACGCCCAUUCUUGCGGUAUCAACAGAAGGAGUUCGUAUUACAGAAACUCUUCAAGUUUAUUUGUAUACGCGUCAACUCAUUCCGUUUGAGCCAGCAAUUCUUCAGACGAAACGAAACAGUGUCAAUGCCCGUCAAAUUGAAUACGAUUACGAUGAAAUUAAGUUUCAAGCACAAUUUCGUUUGCUACUUGAUGGUGUACGUGAUGAAAUUGAAAAGAAUCGUGAUGCUAUCGUGCAGAAAAACAUUGCAAGCAGUCUACGUGUGAAUAGGCUGCAACAGACGACAACUGGCACUAUCUUAGCAAGCACUGGUACUGGAUUUUCACGACUUUUCCAGCCUUGGGAUCCAAAUGCUAGCGGUGCUCAUCAACCAUUUGUCUUUCUUUCGCAUGGUGAUAAACAUUCAAAUUUUGUGCAGCAAUUGCAUCGUGAAUUGACAGAUGCUGGGAUUGCAUGUUAUGGAGAUCGCAACGUAGAUGGUCAACAGUUUGAAGCUCGUAUCCAUGCAGCCCAGGAAGCAAUUUUGCGUUGUACAUGUUUUCUCGUGAUUUUAUCAACACAAACAAUGACGAAUGAGCUUGUGCGAGACCAAUUGGCGUUUGCAGAAGACAAAGGACGACCUAUUUUUCCAAUCACAUUAAAUGACUUGGAUAUUGAUUUGGAUAAACGAUAUUCACUUGCUCGUAAUGAAUUGUUUCACUUCAUGGGCGAUGGCAUGAGUUUUAAACCAAGUGUUGAUCGACUCAUUCAAGGAUUGCGUCGCUAUUAUAGUCCACGAGAGAAUACAACACUCGACAUGACAAGAAUUGCUAGUGUCAAUACGUCGUUUGUGUCAUUCACAUUCAGUGAACCGGAAGGAAAAGAUAUUGACCGAGAAAAUGUAGCUGACCUUAUUAUACAGGAAGGUGAUGUAUUACGUGAUAGCUUGGACUUCCCUCGAAUCAGCAGUGACCCAAAUACGGAAACACGCAAUUUUGAGUCCAUUUCAGGCAUUGAAGACGCUCAUAUUUACCUCUCGGGUACUCAUAUCCGUAUUUAG